CUCAAAAUUAAAACAACAAAUCAUCAUCCUUAUUUUUACCAAUUCUUCGCUUUCUCUCAUAGAACUUCGUCUUCGCAAAAUCCCCCCUUUCAUCUAUCUAGGGUUAGGGUUUUCUUCUCCUCAAUCGACCGAUCGCCAAUUUUCCCCCUUUACAGACGACAGAUAUAGCCAUGGGAGCUGAAGGUGAUUCUAGCGACGCCGCAUCUGUCGCCGCUGGCGAAGUUUCCGUUAAUAUUCGCUGUUCAAACGGCUCAAAAUUUACCGUGAAAACGACGCUUGAUUCUAACGUCGGCGACUUCAAAUCUCUCGUUUCGCAAAACUGCGAUGUUCCUGCCGAUCAGCAGAGGUUGAUCUACAAAGGUCGGAUUCUCAAAGAUGACCAAACCCUAGAAAGCUAUGGUUUGCAAGCGGAUCAUACCAUCCACAUGGUUCGUGGUUUCUCUGCGUCCGCUGCUUCUUCUGGAACUACAAACCCUGCGGCUCCUGCUGCGGCUCCUGCUGCUUCUCCUGCUGCUGCCACUGGAGAAAGUGGGGGUUUAGGAGGUGCUGGCCUUGGGGCAUCCUUAUUUGGCCUGGGUGGGACUGGUGCGACUGGUGCUUCUGGUUUACUUGGAGCUGGAAUUCCAGAUUUAGAACAGAUGCAUCAGCAACUUAAUCAGAACCCAAAUAUGAUGAGAGAAAUAAUGAACAUGCCUGCCAUUCAGGGUCUGAUGAAUAAUCCAGACCUUAUGCGAAACAUGAUUAUGAACAAUCCUCAAAUGCGUGACAUCAUUGACCGGAAUCCAGAGCUAGGCCAUAUAUUGAAUGACCCUAGUAUUCUUAGGCAGACCUUAGAAACUGCAAGGAAUCCUGAGCUUAUGCGUGAGAUGAUGCGGAACACUGACCGAGCUAUGAGCAAUAUUGAAUCUUCUCCUGAAGGUUUUAACAUGCUCAGACGCAUGUAUGAGAAUGUACAGGAACCUUUUCUGAAUGCCACCACAAUGGCUGGUGACACAGGAAAUAAUCCGAGCGCUAACCCAUUUGCCGCUCUUUUGGGGGAUCAGGCUGCUGGUGGUGGACAACAGAGAGAAGGAAAUAACCCAUCAACAACUGGAUCUGAAUCUGGAACUCCAAACACUAAUCCACUGCCAAACCCCUGGAAUGGUACUGGAGGAGGCGCACAGGCAAACAGUGCUCCCAGAGCAAACCCUUCUGGUGAUGCAAGGUCACCUCCAAUUGGUGGAUUAGGUAGCCUUCCUGAGUUGAAUAGCAUGUUUGGUGGUGGACUUCCAGAUGCAUCAACGAUGAAUCAGAUGAUGCAAAAUCCAGCAAUCUCACAGAUGAUGCAGAGCAUGCUAUCCAACCCACAAUAUAUGAAUCAGAUUCUUAAUAUGAGUCCACAGCUGCGUGCUAUGACUGAUUCAAACCCUCAACUUCGAGAAAUGAUGCAAAAUUCUGAUGUUCUUCGUCAGUUGGCCUCUCCUGAGAUGAUGCAGCAAAUGCUAACUAUGCAGCAGUCACUUCUAUCAACAAUGAACCGUCCCCAGUCGAACCAAGAUCCAUCACCGAAUGCUGGCGCUGCAGGAAAUGCUAACAAUAUGGGUCUGGAUAUGCUGAUGAAUAUGUUUGGUGGUCUUGGAGCAGGCGGUUUAACCACACCAGAUAAUCCAAAUGUACCACCUGAAGAACUUUAUGCAACUCAAUUGACACAACUUCAAGAAAUGGGUUUUUUUGAUGCACAAGAGAAUAUAAGUGCUUUGCAAGCUACUCGGGGUAAUGUUAAUGCUGCAGUGGAGCGACUUUUGGGAAAUAUGGGUCAGUGAUGUGUUGGAGGAUUUCCUUUUGGAAUACAGUUUUACUCGAUACAGUCUUUUGUGGAUUUCCUAAAGAUUGGUAAAAACCCGGAUUAGUGCACUAAAAAAGACGGAAAAACACAAGCUCGAAAACUGAGAAUACAUUUCGGGCCUGUGAAUAAGCAAAAGAAAGUACACAAUGUGGUAGGAGUUAAGUUAUGACUUCUGGAUAUAGUCUCGUAUCUCAGCUCAACAUUAGACUCUUCACUCUUCUGCCCCCUUCUUCCCCUCGCCACUGUCCUUGAAACUUAUGUACAUACACAAUUUGAAUUUAUUGUCUCUGGAAUGUUUGAUUUGAUUUUUCUUUAUGUAUUGUUCCUUUCAAUUCAUAAGCGGGAUGCAGUUUUCAGAUACCUCUAGUUAAUCAGGGACUUGUUCGCUGAUGAGAAACAGCUUCAGCCUUUGGAGAAUUAUCAGUGUUUUCAACAUCUUGUGUUAUGAGAAAAGAACUCAUGAUAUUGUUUGUGUUCA